GACGUUUGAUGGGAAGGGAAGAGGACAGGGGAACAAGUGGGGACAAGUUGGAGACACGCAACUCGGCUGAACUCCCUGCACUCGGCGCUCGAAAUGACUAAGCGAAGAAGCGGCCGACGCGUGAUGAUGCUGCUGGUCUGAGGCGGAAGCGGUGCCGCUGCCUGCAUUUUGUCUCGUCGUCAAGACACCUCGCUCAGCCCGGGGUCAUGCAGGGAUGGUUCCUGCUCCUGCUCCUCCUCCCCCCAUCACUCGGAAGGAAGACUGGCGAAGCAUGGGUCAGAGUUCAAAGGUCGGCAGAAAAUGUCUGCGCCCUGCUCUUUUUCAAAGUGAGCAGGAUCAGGACCAGGAUUUUAACAGACGCCCGUAAAAUGAACUGACAAUGUGGAAGCCAGCUUGCCGCCUACCUGCCAACGCUCGCAGAGGACGGAUCGGCAGGCCCUGGGGGUCCUCGGAGCGCAGGAGCUUUUCACGUAGCCCAGGGAUCCUCUCCCGUCAACCUCCCACCUCUGGCCAUGCUGCUCGGGCCCAAGUGGAGCAGGAGAAGAGGAGGAAGGAGAAGGAAAAGGCCAUCCUGAACGCUCAGCACAGCGUUGUCGAUGGACACAAUAUUAAGUGGACUGAGACAGAACGGAUCGUGUACGCUGGGGCCACCCUGCCCGGGGAAAAGAAAGACACCACGCUGCCGUUCCCUGCAUCCUACAGCCCCCAGUACGUGGAGGCCUGCUGGUACCAGUGGUGGGAGAAGAAAGGCUUCUUCAGUCCUGAACUUCAUAGCAGUUUGCCGCACGCAGUCGAUCAGUCGUUCUCCAUGUGUAUCCCUCCACCCAACGUGACUGGCAGUCUGCACCUCGGCCAUGCUCUCACUGUUGCCAUACAGGAUGCCCUGGUUCGAUGGAGAAGGAUGCAGGGCCACAAGGUUCUGUGGGUGCCGGGUUGUGACCACGCCGGCAUCGCCACACAGUCAGUGGUGGAGCGCAGGCUCCUUUGGGAGCGAGGAAGGCGCAGGCAGGACUAUAGCAGGGAGGAGUUUCUCCAGGAGGUGUGGAACUGGAAGAAUGAGAAAGGAGAUGAGAUAUAUCAUCAGCUGAGGAAAUUGGGAGCAUCUUUGGACUGGAGUCGAGCGUGCUUCACCAUGGACCCGGACUUCAGCAGUGCUGUCACAGAGGCCUUUGUCCGCCUGUGCGACUCCGGCCUGGUGUACCGCUCCGAGGGACUGGUGAACUGGAGCUGCGCGCUGGGCUCCGCCAUCUCCGACAUCGAGGUGGACAUGCUAGAGCUGAGAGGUCGGACCCUGCUCUCCAUCCCGGGCUAUGAGCAGAAGGUGGAGUUCGGGAGCAUGGUUACCUUUUCCUACCCCUUGGAAGGACAGGAUGGCGAGAUAUCUGUGUCAACCACACGUCCCGAGACUAUGAUGGGAGACGUGGCCAUUGCCGUGCACCCAGAUGACCCCCGAUACCAGGCGCUCCAUGGCAGAGAGUGCCGACACCCCUUUACCGGCAGGCUCAUGCCGGUCGUCACGGACACCGUGGUGGACAUGAGUGUGGGCACAGGGGCUGUGAAGGUGACCCCAGCUCAUGACCAGACUGAUUUCCUGCUCUCCCAAAGACACUCUCUUCCCCGCAUCACCGUCAUUGGCGAAGACGGGACCAUGACCUCUUCCUGCGGCCCGUGGCUGGAGGGUGUGAAGCGCUUUGAGGCCAGGGAACGAGUACUCGAAGCCCUGGUGGAGAAACAGAUGUUCAAGGGGAAGAUGGAGCACCCCAUGGCCCUACCCGUGUGCAGCCGUUCUGGAGACGUAAUUGAACCUCUGCUGAAGAAGCAGUGGUUUUUGCGCUGUGGAGAAAUGGCAAAGAAAGCUGUGCAGGUAAAAGCAAGAGUCUUCCUGUCGCUCAUCCUUCGCCAGUGCUGUAACGCUGCCUUUCCAUCUCAGGCGGUCGAUGAUGGAGAACUGGAGCUCAUCCCUCACUUGCACCACAAGACGUGGAGAAACUGGUUGUCCAGCAUCAGUGACUGGUGCAUCUCCAGACAGCUGUGGUGGGGUCACCAGAUUCCUGCGUACCGCGUGUCCUUCCCGGGUUCGACUGAUGCAGACACGGAGCAGUGGGUGUGGGGAAAAAGCGAGGCCGAGGCCAGCGAGCGAGCCGCAGCCAAAUUUGGAGUGACACCCGAUGCGAUAACGCUCACUCGGGAUCCAGAUGUGUUGGACACCUGGUUCUCCUCGGCGCUCUUCCCUUUUGCCAUGCUGGGCUGGCCCCAGAAGACCGCAGACCUGCAGCAGUUCUACCCCAACAGCCUACUGGAAACGGGAAGUGACCUCAUUUUCUUCUGGGUGGCCCGGAUGGUCAUGCUGGGCACAGAGCUCACUGGCCAGCUGCCUUUUAGACAGGUCCUCCUGCACUCUCUGGUGAGAGACAAGCAUGGCAGGAAGAUGAGCAAGUCGCUGGGAAAUGUCAUCGACCCCUUGGAUGUUAUUUCUGGUGUUUCUCUGCAGCGGCUUCAAGAGAAGGUCAAAGAAGGAAACUUGGACCCCAGAGAAACUGCCGUUGCCAUGGAAGCGCAGAGGAGAGACUUCCCCAGUGGUAUCCCCGAGUGUGGCACCGACGCUCUCCGGUUCGCUCUGUGCUCAUACAAGGCCCAGGGAGAGGACAUCAGCCUGUCUGUGUCCCAGGUGCUGAGCAGCAGGCACUUCUGCAACAAGAUGUGGCAGACAGUGAGGUUCGCCCUGGGAGUGCUGGAGCCCCGGGACGUGGAGCUCCUCCUCUUGGCGGAGACUGUCCCCGUCAGCAGCGUCGACCGCUGGCUCUGCUCUCGAAUGUAUAGCACCGUACAACAGUGUGAGCGUGGGUUUGAGAACUACGACCUCCUGUCCGUCACGUCUGCACUGUACUCUUUCUGGGUGCACAACUUGUGCGACGUGUAUCUGGAAUGUAUUAAACCACUGCUGGGGCAACAGGGGGCGGAGACGGCAGAGCAGAGGGUUACGGCGCGUAGUGUGUUGUUCCACUGCUUGACCAUCACGCUUUCCCUCCUCGCCCCCUUCAUGCCCUUCCUGACAGAGGAGCUGUGGCAAAGACUGCAGCCUCAUGCUGGAGGGAAGAGUGCCGUGGUGACUAGCCUGUGCCUGCAACCAUAUCCACGGUCCAGCCAGUUGACACACUGGUACUUUCCUCAGGAAGAGGCCGAUUUUCCCUUUGUACAGGAUGUUAUCAGAGUGGCCAGAACCCUGCGAUCUCAGUGUUGCAUGACCAAAGCCAAACCUGACAUGUGGGUUGUGUGCGCGCCGAACCAAGCUGAAGUCUUGCUCCAGUACAGCUCUGCAGUUCAAAUCCUUAGCCGAAUCUCCAGGCUUCACCUCCACUGCCCCGAAGGGUGUGGCACUACACCCUCUGCUCUCCAAGCUCCCCCUCUCCCCUACACUGGUGCUGUGGGAGUGGUUGACCACACCUGUAAAGUACAUCUGUCUGUUCAGGGGAAUGUGGGCACAGACAAACAGAGUGCUCAGCUCUCCCAGCGCCGACAGAAGCUCUUGUCCAAGCUGGAGCAAUUACAGUCUCGAACCCGAAUGCCGCACUAUGCAGAGCGGGUGCCGCAGAGGGUGAGACAGGAAACCGAGAACAGGAUCACUGCCUUGGAAGAGGAGCUGAAGGACAUUGACGACCAGCAGCAGAUGUUACACAGGUUAAGGGAACAAGACAGCUGAAGGAAAGGAAGGAAGGACUUUUCACGCUGCUUCGGGGCUCGAGGAGAAGCCAGCGUUCUCUCGGACCGCUCGAGUUUUCAACUUGUGAUGCGUAGAUCUAAACUAUAUGCAGCAGUUCCACUUAUUUUAAAUAUAUGGACAUCAAAUCGGUCAUUAAUAAAUUAUUUACACACUGAGUGCG